UAAAAUACAUUUUCAUGGAGACACAGUCUUCUCUCCUUCUCCUCUCCUUAAUUGUCUCCCACAUCAUCUCAUUCUUUCACUCCCACAAAUCUCUCCCUUCCAUAACUUGAGACACACGCAAACCCCAAAUGAGCAACCUCCACCUCUACACCUCCGCACGGUUCCGUAAUUUCCCGACGGCAUUUUCCCUCCGUCACCACCACAACGACCCUAACAACCAACGCCGACGAUCCAUCUUCUCCGAGCUCCGUAACAAAACACUCGACCCGGGCGGUGACCUAAUAACGAGAUGGAACCACAUCUUCCUCAUCACCUGCCUUCUCGCUCUGUUCCUCGACCCUCUUUACUUCUAUCUCCCCAUUGUCCAAGCUGGAACCGCGUGUAUGUCCAUCGACAUCCGUUUCGGUAUCCUCGUCACCUUUUGCCGAACCCUAGCCGAUCUCUCCUUCCUCAUCCACAUUCUCCUCAAAUUCAAAACCGCCUUUACCUCCAAAUCAUCUAGAGUCUUUGGUCGCGGGGAGCUCGUCAUGGAUCGCCGUGAAAUCGCCGUCCGUUACCUCAAAUCUGAGUUCGUCAUUGACCUCGCAGCCUCGCUUCCUCUUCCUCAGGUUCAAUUCAAUUUUGAUCCAGGGAGACAAGCUUGGAUGCGGAUCACUCGGGUGCUCUCAAAUUGUGAUGCACGCAAUGACGAUGACCAGCAUUUCCAGUUUGGUAUGUUCGGAGAUGCGUUCACUAAUGACGUCACUUCUUCUCCUUUCUUUGAUAAAUACUUCUACUGUCUUUGGUGGGGUCUCCGUAACCUCAGUUCUUAUGGACAGAGUCUUGCAGCGAGUACACUGAGUAGUGAGACUAUAUUCAGUUGUUUCAUCUGUGUUGCGGGUCUCGUUUUCUUCUCUCAUCUCAUUGGGAAUGUUCAGAACUAUCUGCAAUCGACGACGGCUAGGUUAGACGAAUGGAGAGUCAGAAGAAGAGACACAGAGGAAUGGAUGCGACAUAGGCAAUUGCCAGAAGAGUUACAAGAGCGUGUAAGGCGAUUCGUCCAAUACAAAUGGCUAACAACUCGUGGAGUCGACGAAGAAGCCAUUCUACGGGCUCUACCGUUAGAUCUUCGUCGCCAGAUCCAACGACAUCUCUGUCUUGCCCUUGUUCGCCGUGUGCCCUUCUUCGCGCAGAUGGAUGACCAGCUCUUGGAUGCGAUAUGUGAGCGUCUAGUUCCAUCCUUGAACACAAAAGACACAUAUGUGACACGCGAAGGCGAUCCUGUAAACGAGAUGCUUUUCAUCAUUAGAGGUCAGGUGGAGAGUUCAACUACAGAUGGUGGACGGUCAGGAUUCUUUAACUCCAUCACGCUUAGACCAGGAGAUUUCUGCGGUGAAGAGCUCUUAACCUGGGCUUUAAUGCCAGUCAUUACUGUUAAUCUUCCAUUGUCCACAAGAACCGUGAAGACUCUCUCAGAAGUAGAAGCUUUCGCUCUCCGAGCAGAGGACUUGAAGUUCGUAGCUAACCAAUUCAGACGUCUCCACAGCAAGAAACUCCAACAUGCUUUCAGAUACUACUCACAUCAGUGGAGAGCAUGGGGAACUUGUUUUAUACAAGCUGCGUGGAGACGAUACGUGAAGAGGAAGUUAGCAAUGGAGUUAGCAAGGCAAGAGGAAGGAGAUGAUUACUAUUAUGACGAUGAUGGAGACUAUGAAUACGAAGAGAUCAUGCCCGAGAGUAGUAACAACGGUGACGAGAACGGCAGCAACAAUCAGAAUUUGAGUGCAACGAUAUUAGCGUCUAAGUUCGCGGCUAAUACGAAAAGAGGUGUUUUAGGGAACCAAAGAGGGUCUUCAAGAAUUGAUCCUGAUGAUCCAUCUUUGAAGAUGCCUAAAAUGUUUAAACCAGAGGAUCCAGGAUUCUUCUGAUUUUUGUGGUUGUGAAUUGAUUUUGUUGUAACCAAUAAUAUUAGUUAGGUAUAUAAAGAGACAUGAUUACGUACU